AAACCUGCAUAGCUGUUGGAUUGUUGGAAAAGUAUGCGAUAAAGGGGCGACAGCUUCGCUCGAAGAAGCUCGUAAAAACAAAAAUAGAAUUAAGAAAACAGAGAACUGUAAAUAUAAGGAAACCGAAUAAUCCGUUCGUCCUCUGUUCUCAAGCCACAAGCCGAAAGAACAAUCAUGAAUUACAAUCACUCCGGAGCUCGUAGAGGAAAACCGAAACGAAUGCUUGAUCCAUCGGUUGGUCUUUCUUCGCCAGCAGCCGCUAGUCCGACCCCACCAAUGGCGCAAAGUCCGUACAUGUACAACCAGCAGCAGAUCCCAUCGAGCAACGGACCGCAGCCAAACUAUGGUUUUAACGUAGCGGAGCAGGCCCCACCGCCCUAUGGAUUUAGCGCAGGUCCGCCGCAUCAGCAGGCGUAUAAUCCCAACGAAAUGCGUCAGGAGAGUUUUCCUGCUCCUCAAUACGCCACACAGCUACUAGCCGAGCCCAUCGUCGCCAAUAUGGCUGUUCAGUACGGUUCUGCCCUGGUUGGUUCAGGGAAACAGCAGCUGGAAAAAUACGUCCCUGUUACCGCGUUGAAGUACUAUUUUGCCGUCGACACGGACUACGUUAUUUCUAAAUUAGUUCUUCUCUUCUUCCCUUUCACACACUCGGAUUGGUCGAUCAAGUACGAGCAAGAUUCGCCGCUGCAGCCAAGGUACGAGAGGAACGCGCCGGACAUGUACAUACCGACAAUGGCGUACCUGACGUACAUAGUUGUGGCAGGACUGGCGCUUGGAACACAGGAACGUUUUACACCGGAGCAGCUGGGAAUACUGGCGAGUUCGGCGCUGGCGUGGGGAAUAAUAGAACUGCUAGUCCACACGAUAACUCUCUACGUAAUGAACAUGGACACGAGUUUAAAAACGCUGGAUCUGCUCGCUUACUGCGGUUACAAAUAUGUUGGGAUAAAUUUCGCGCUGUUGGUUUCCCUACCGUUCCAGAGGUUCGGCUACUACGUCGUUCUCGCCUACUUCAGCGUAUCUCUAGCCUUCUUUUUAGUCAGAUCGCUGAAGUUGAGGGUAAUUCCCGAAGGCCACAGCUCGUACUCGGCGAGCGGUAACAAAAGGAGACUUUACUUCAUUCUGUUCGUAGCCUCGAUACAACCGGUUUUAAUGUGGUGGCUAUCUUCGCAUCUCGUCGCAUCCGCCGUUGCGUAAGAGGAUAUAAAUGACAAGAAAAUCGAUAAUUAAAUAAAUAAAUUUAAUUGAAUUUAAUACCCUUUAGAAAAAUGCCUACGAGUGACAAAGAAAUGGCCCUAUGUAUUUAUAUGUGACAAUUGAUCGAUCCAAUUGAUAUAAUCCCUUGUGCAUUUUUAUAACAUAUAAAACAUAUAAAUAAAAGCCUCGC